GUCAGGGCGCUUACGAGAGGACACCACGAAAAUUUGGCUCUAGCCGAUGUAAAAAUAAAAAUUUUAAACCCACGCUGAUCGGUCCUGGACACUUAAAGGACUUUUUGCCUUUACUUUUUAAAUUUAAGCAAAGAAGCUUUUAAAAAACCAUGGCAGAUGUGGAUCCAGAUACAUUGCUGGAAUGGCUACAGAUGGGGCAGGGAGAUGAAAGGGACAUGCAACUAAUAGCCCUUGAACAGCUAUGCAUGCUACUUUUGAUGUCUGACAACGUGGAUCGUUGUUUUGAAACAUGUCCUCCUCGCACUUUCUUACCAGCCCUCUGCAAAAUUUUUCUGGACGAAAGUGCUCCAGACAAUGUGUUAGAGGUGACAGCCCGUGCCAUAACAUACUACCUGGACGUAUCUGCAGAAUGCACCCGAAGGAUUGUUGGGGUAGAUGGAGCUAUAAAAGCACUUUGCAAUCGCUUGGUUGUGGUAGAACUUAACAACAGGACAAGUAGAGACUUAGCUGAACAAUGUGUAAAGGUGUUAGAACUGAUAUGCACUCGUGAGUCAGGAGCAGUCUUCGAGGCUGGUGGUUUGAAUUGUGUGCUUACCUUCAUUCGUGACAGUGGACACCUGGUUCAUAAAGAUACCUUGCACUCUGCCAUGGCUGUGGUAUCAAGACUCUGUGGCAAAAUGGAACCUCAAGAUUCUUCUUUGGAAAUUUGCGUCGAAUCUCUGUCUAGUUUAUUAAAACAUGAAGAUCAUCAGGUUUCAGAUGGAGCUCUGCGAUGCUUUGCAUCACUCGCUGACCGAUUCACCCGUCGUGGUGUUGAUCCAGCUCCCUUAGCCAAGCAUGGAUUAACUGAGGAGUUGUUAUCUAGAAUGGCUGCUGCUGGUGGUACUGUAUCAGGACCAUCAUCAGCUUGCAAACCAGGUCGCAGCACCACAGGACCGCCUUCCACAGCUGCAGAUUCCAAAUUGAGUAAUCAGGUGUCAACAAUUGUAAGUCUGCUCUCAACACUUUGCAGAGGCUCUCCAGUAGUAACGCACGAUCUCCUGAGGUCAGAGCUUCCAGAUUCAAUUGAAAGUGCAUUGCAGGGUGAUGAAAGAUGUGUGCUUGAUACCAUGCGUUUGGUUGACCUUCUUUUGGUGCUAUUAUUUGAAGGACGAAAGGCUUUGCCAAAGUCUAGUGCUGGAUCCACAGGCAGAAUCCCAGGACUCCGGAGAUUGGAUAGUUCUGGGGAACGCUCACAUCGGCAGCUUAUAGACUGUAUUCGAAGCAAAGAUACCGAUGCACUUAUAGAUGCAAUUGACACAGGAGCCUUUGAAGUAAAUUUUAUGGAUGAUGUGGGCCAGACUCUGUUAAACUGGGCCUCUGCUUUUGGAACUCAGGAAAUGGUAGAAUUUCUUUGUGAAAGAGGUGCCGAUGUUAAUAGAGGUCAGAGGUCAUCAUCAUUACAUUAUGCUGCAUGUUUUGGAAGACCUCAAGUAGCAAAGACUCUCUUACGACAUGGUGCAAAUCCAGAUCUGAGAGAUGAAGAUGGGAAAACUCCAUUAGAUAAAGCUCGGGAAAGGGGCCAUAGUGAAGUAGUAGCUAUUCUUCAGUCUCCAGGUGAUUGGAUGUGUCCAGUUAAUAAAGGAGAUGAUAAGAAAAAGAAAGAUACAAACAAAGAUGAAGAAGAAUGUAAUGAGCCGAAAGGAGAUCCAGAAAUGGCACCCAUAUACUUGAAAAGGUUACUACCAGUAUUUGCACAAACAUUUCAGCAGACUAUGCUGCCUUCAAUAAGGAAAGCGAGUCUUGCUCUGAUUCGAAAAAUGAUUCAUUUUUGCUCUGAAGCACUCUUAAAAGAAGUUUGCGAUUCUGAUGUUGGUCACAAUUUGCCUACAAUACUAGUGGAAAUCACUGCAACUGUUCUUGAUCAAGAGGACGAUGAUGAUGGCCACUUGCUGGCUUUGCAGAUCAUAAGGGAUUUAGUAGAUAAAGGUGGUGAUAUUUUUUUGGAUCAGCUAGCCAGACUUGGUGUAAUUAGCAAAGUGUCAACUUUGGCAGGUCCUUCCUCUGAUGAUGAGAAUGAAGAGGAAUCAAAACCAGAAAAAGAAGAUGAACCACAGGAAGAUGCUAAAGAAUUGCAGCAGGGUAAACCAUAUCAUUGGAGAGACUGGUCCAUCAUUAGGGGAAGGGACUGCUUAUAUAUAUGGAGUGAUGCAGCAGCCUUGGAAUUAUCUAAUGGCAGUAAUGGAUGGUUUAGAUUUAUCUUGGAUGGAAAACUUGCCACCAUGUAUUCAAGUGGUAGUCCUGAAGGUGGAUCGGAUAGUUCAGAAAGCAGAAGUGAAUUCUUAGAGAAGUUACAAAGAGCUCGAGGCCAGGUAAAGCCAUCUACUUCAAGUCAACCUAUACUCUCAGCACCAGGACCCACUAAACUCACUGUAGGGAAUUGGUCACUAACAUGUUUGAAAGAAGGAGAAAUUGCUAUUCAUAACUCAGAUGGCCAGCAAGCAACAAUAUUGAAAGAAGAUUUACCUGGUUUUGUGUUUGAAUCUAAUAGAGGAACCAAGCAUUCAUUUACUGCAGAAACUUCUCUGGGUUCAGAAUUUGUGACUGGCUGGACUGGCAAAAGAGGCAGAAAACUAAAAUCCAAGUUAGAAAAAACUAAGCAAAAGGUACGAACUAUGGCUCGAGAUUUAUAUGACGACCACUUUAAAGCUGUUGAAAGCAUGCCUCGUGGAGUAGUGGUAACACUCAGAAACAUAGCAACUCAGUUAGAGUCAUCUUGGGAACUUCACACAAAUAGACAAUGUAUUGAGAGUGAGAACACUUGGAGAGAUUUAAUGAAGACAGCCUUAGAAAAUCUAAUUGUACUUUUGAAGGAUGAAAAUACAAUUUCACCAUAUGAAAUGUGCAGUAGUGGCUUGGUGCAAGCACUUCUUACUGUUUUAAAUAAUAGCAUGGAUUUAGAUAUGAAACAAGAUUGUAGUCAACUGGUAGAAAGAAUAAAUGUUUUUAAAACAGCCUUUAGUGAAAAUGAAGAUGAUGAAAGUCGACCAGCUGUGGCAUUAAUCCGAAAGUUAAUAGCUGUACUAGAGUCUAUUGAACGUCUACCUCUCCAUUUGUAUGAUACACCAGGAUCCACUUAUAACCUCCAGAUACUUACAAGAAGAUUAAGAUUUCGGUUGGAACGUGCACCUGGUGAAACUGCAUUGAUAGACAGGACUGGCAGGAUGUUGAAGAUGGAACCCUUAGCUACAGUUGAAUCUCUAGAACAGUAUCUCUUAAAAAUGGUAGCAAAGCAGUGGUAUGAUUUUGACCGAUCUUCAUUUGUUUUUGUUCGAAAAUUAAGAGAAGGCCAGAAUUUUAUAUUUCGGCACCAGCAUGAUUUUGAUGAAAAUGGAAUCAUUUACUGGAUUGGGACAAAUGCCAAAACUGCAUAUGAAUGGGUUAAUCCAGCUGCUUAUGGACUUGUGGUAGUAACAUCAUCAGAAGGAAGAAAUCUGCCUUAUGGCCGCUUAGAAGACAUAUUGAGUCGUGACAAUUCAGCUUUAAAUUGUCAUAGCAAUGAUGAUAAGAAUGCCUGGUUUGCCAUAGAUCUGGGUCUAUGGGUGAUACCAUCAGCGUAUACACUUCGUCAUGCUCGUGGUUAUGGAAGGUCUGCACUGAGAAAUUGGGUUUUCCAGGUAUCCAAAGAUGGACAGAACUGGACUUCUUUGUAUACCCAUGUUGAUGACUGCAGUCUCAAUGAACCAGGAUCAACGGCCACCUGGCCUCUUGAUCCACCGAAGGAUGAGAAACAAGGAUGGCGACAUGUGAGAAUUAAACAGAUGGGGAAGAAUGCUAGUGGACAAACCCACUAUCUUUCACUAUCUGGAUUUGAACUUUAUGGCACUGUAAAUGGAGUAUGUGAAGAUCAGCUAGGAAAAGCAGCUAAGGAAGCAGAAGCUAAUCUUAGAAGACAGAGACGGCUAGUACGCUCCCAGGUACUGAAGUACAUGGUUCCAGGGGCUCGUGUGAUCAGAGGCCUUGACUGGAAAUGGCGUGAUCAGGAUGGCAGCCCACAGGGAGAAGGCACCGUCACAGGAGAACUGCAUAAUGGCUGGAUUGAUGUCACCUGGGAUGCUGGUGGCUCAAACUCUUACCGUAUGGGCGCAGAAGGAAAAUUUGACCUCAAGCUUGCACCAGGGUACGACCCUGAUACAGUGGCAUCACCCAAACCUGUUUCAUCCACUGUUUCAGGCACAACGCAAUCAUGGAGCAGCUUGGUGAAAAACAACUGUCCAGACAAGACAUCUGCUGCUGCAGGCUCCUCAAGUAGAAAAGGAAGCAGCAGUUCUGUGUGUAGCGUGGCCAGUAGCAGCGACAUCAGCUUGGGUUCGACCAAAACGGAACGGAGAUCAGAAAUUGUAAUGGAACACAGUAUAGUUUCAGGAGCUGAUGUCCAUGAACCAAUUGUUGUUCUUUCAUCUGCUGAAAACGUCCCUCAAACAGAAGUAGGGUCCUCUUCCAGUGCAAGUACCAGCACCUUAACAGCGGAAACGGGAAGUGAAAAUGCUGAAAGAAAGUUAGGCCCUGAUAGUUCUGUUCGUACUCCUGGGGAGUCUAGUGCAAUAUCAAUGGGAAUUGUCAGUGUUAGUUCUCCUGAUGUUAGUUCAGUAUCUGAGUUAACCAAUAAAGAAGCAGCUUCACAACGGCCCCUUAGCUCUUCAGCAAGUAACAGACUGUCAGUGAGUUCUUUGUUAGCUGCUGGGGCCCCCAUGAGCUCUAGUGCAAGUGUUCCUAACCUGUCCUCAAGAGAAACAUCUAGCUUGGAGAGUUUUGUGAGGAGAGUGGCAAACAUAGCACGGACUAAUGCCACGAACAACAUGAACCUAAGCCGAAGCAGCAGUGAUAACAACACUAAUACUUUGGGGAGGAAUGUGAUGAGCACAGCAACUUCUCCUCUUAUGGGUGCUCAGAGCUUCCCUAAUUUGACCACACCUGGUACUACAUCAACAGUGACUAUGUCAACAUCCAGUGUUACUAGCAGCAGCAACGUGGCUACAGCAACAACAGUUUUGUCAGUUGGUCAGUCAUUAAGUAAUACUUUAACCACCAGCCUCACAUCAACCUCCAGUGAGAGUGACACAGGUCAGGAAGCAGAAUAUUCCUUAUAUGACUUCCUUGACAGCUGCCGUGCCAGCACUCUGUUAGCGGAGCUGGACGAUGACGAGGACUUGCCGGAGCCAGAUGAGGAGGACGAUGAAAAUGAAGACGACAACCAGGAGGACCAGGAAUACGAGGAGGUUAUGAUUCUGAGACGUCCCUCCCUGCAGCGUCGAGCUGGCUCCCGCUCUGAUGUGACGCACCAUGCUGUCACCUCACAGCUACCACAGGUCCCAGCUGGAGCAGGGAGCCGACCUAUUGGGGAGCAGGAAGAAGAAGAGUAUGAAACUAAAGGGGGACGCCGGAGAACAUGGGAUGAUGAUUAUGUACUAAAGCGGCAGUUUUCAGCUUUGGUUCCUGCUUUUGAUCCUAGACCUGGUCGUACUAAUGUCCAGCAGACAACGGAUCUAGAAAUUCCACCCCCAGGAACACCUCAUUCAGAGCUCUUGGAAGAAGUUGAAUGUACUCCAUCACCGCGAUUAGCCCUCACUUUGAAAGUAACAGGUCUUGGAACAACUCGUGAAGUUGAAUUACCACUCACUAAUUUCAGAUCAACCAUCUUUUACUAUGUACAGAAAUUGCUUCAGUUGUCUUGUAAUGGCAAUGUGAAAUCAGAUAAACUUAGGCGUAUUUGGGAGCCAACAUACACAAUUAUGUACAGAGAAAUGAAGGAUUCUGACAAAGAAAAGGAAAAUGGAAAAGUGGGUUGUUGGUCUAUAGAGCAUGUGGAACAGUACCUUGGCACUGAUGAAUUACCAAAGAAUGACUUGAUAACCUACCUGCAGAAGAAUGCAGACGCCGCUUUCCUGCGCCACUGGAAAUUAACUGGCACUAAUAAAAGUAUUAGGAAAAACAGAAAUUGUUCUCAGCUCAUAGCUGCAUAUAAGGAUUUUUGUGAGCAUGGAACAAAGUCUGGGUUAAACCAAGGGGCCAUUUCUACUCUUCAAAGCAGUGAUAUUCUUAAUUUGACAAAAGAACAGCCUCAGGCCAAAGCAGGCAAUGGACAGAAUUCUUGUGGAGUAGAAGAUGUCCUUCAGCUUCUGCGUAUUCUGUAUAUAGUUGCAAGUGACCCUUAUUCAAGAAUAUCCCAAGAAGAAGGCGAUGAGCAGCCUCAGUUUACUUUUCCACCAGAUGAAUUCACUAGCAAAAAAAUCACAACAAAAAUUUUGCAGCAAAUUGAGGAACCAUUGGCAUUGGCAAGUGGGGCUCUGCCAGACUGGUGUGAACAGUUAACCAGCAAGUGUCCUUUUCUAAUACCAUUUGAAACUAGACAGCUUUAUUUCACAUGUACAGCAUUUGGUGCAUCAAGAGCAAUAGUGUGGUUACAAAACAGACGUGAGGCCACUGUGGAAAGAACAAGAACCACAAGUAGUGUAAGGCGAGAUGAUCCCGGAGAAUUUCGCGUUGGUCGUCUCAAGCAUGAAAGAGUAAAAGUUCCACGUGGUGAAUCACUGAUGGAGUGGGCUGAGAAUGUCAUGCAGAUACAUGCAGAUCGAAAAUCAGUUCUUGAGGUUGAAUUUUUAGGAGAAGAAGGAACUGGCUUGGGGCCCACAUUAGAGUUUUAUGCUCUGGUGGCAGCAGAAUUCCAGAGAACUGACUUGGGAGCUUGGCUUUGUGAUGAUAACUUUCCAGAUGAUGAAUCUCGUCAUGUCGAUCUUGGAGGUGGAUUGAAACCUCCUGGAUACUAUGUGCAGAGAUCAUGUGGACUAUUUACAGCUCCAUUUCCACAAGACAGCGAUGAGCUUGAAAGGAUCACAAAACUCUUUCAUUUUCUUGGAAUUUUCUUGGCCAAAUGCAUUCAAGACAAUAGACUUGUGGACUUACCUAUUUCUAAACCUUUCUUUAAACUUAUGUGUAUGGGUGACAUUAAAAGCAAUAUGAGUAAACUGAUUUAUGAGUCACGAGGAGAUAGAGACUUACACUGUACUGAAAGUCAGUCUGAAGCCUCUACAGAAGAAGGUCAUGAUUCGCUCUCAGUAGGAAGCUUUGAAGAAGAUUCAAAAUCAGAAUUUAUUCUAGAUCCUCCCAAACCAAAACCCCCAGCUUGGUUUAAUGGAAUUUUAACUUGGGAAGAUUUUGAACUAGUAAACCCACACAGAGCCAGAUUUUUAAAAGAAAUUAAAGACCUUGCUGUCAAGAGGCGCCAGAUUUUAAGCAACAAAGGUCUUUCUGAAGACGAGAAGAACACAAAAUUACAAGAACUAGUGCUGAAGAAUCCAUCAGGUUCUGGGCCUCCACUUAGCAUAGAGGAUUUAGGUUUAAAUUUCCAGUUUUGCCCUUCCUCAAGAAUAUAUGGUUUUACAGCUGUGGAUCUCAAGCCAAGUGGCGAAGAUGAGAUGAUAACAAUGGAUAAUGCUGAAGAAUAUGUGGAUUUGAUGUUUGACUUUUGCAUGCAUACGGGUAUUCAGAAACAGAUGGAAGCCUUUAGAGAUGGGUUUAAUAAAGUUUUUCCAAUGGAGAAAUUAAGUUCCUUCAGCCAUGAAGAAGUCCAGAUGAUUCUUUGUGGAAAUCAGUCGCCAUCCUGGGCAGCAGAGGAUAUUAUUAAUUACACUGAACCUAAGUUGGGUUAUACACGUGACAGCCCCGGUUUCCUGAGGUUUGUGAGGGUUUUAUGUGGCAUGUCUUCAGAUGAGAGGAAAGCAUUCCUGCAGUUUACCACUGGUUGUUCAACUCUACCCCCAGGUGGACUGGCUAACUUGCAUCCCAGGCUCACAGUUGUACGCAAGGUUGAUGCUACUGACGCAAGCUACCCAUCAGUGAAUACAUGUGUGCAUUAUCUAAAGUUGCCGGAAUACUCUUCGGAGGAGAUCAUGAGAGAGCGCCUGCUAGCUGCUACGAUGGAGAAAGGCUUUCAUCUCAAUUGAGCUUUGAAGUGCAGUGGGAGACAUCAGAGACUUAAAAUUCUAGUGAAGCCUCUUGUGUUUGUGUGCAGAGAAGUAUAUGAUCCUCCAUGCUAAUGACACUUGCCUUUUUUUCCACCAUUAAGGCUUUAAGAACAUGUGGAAUAAGUUCGUUAGCUGCUAAUGACAAAACAAAUCCUUUAACUAUCCAGCCAGCAAGUAUAUAGCACAGAACACUGUGUGUUGCUGCAAGGGCUCAAGUGACUGGAAUAAGGUGGUCCUACUUGACUGUUCCAAAGAGCAGCUUCUCAGAUCUUCAGUGUUCACUGGUAAAUUUCUAACAGUGUAUUUGUGUAGAGUUUGUCAUUUCGUACUUCAUACACUACAGUUGCCAUCACUGAUCUCUGUUUUGCUGGCUUUUAAGCUACUUCGUCAAAAAUCCUGCUUCCUUAAAACAUAGAGUUAAUGAGCAUCUCAAGCUUUUUCUGUUCCUUUUUAAUGAUGCCUGCACUAUCAGAGUAUAUCUAGUGUUCUCUCUUUUGUUUGGCAUAUAAUCAUGCACAACCUUUUUAUUUCUUUGAGGUGGGAGUAUAUUUUUAUUUCCUAAAUGCCAUACUAUAAAGAUCAAAUUCUUAAGUGUGUUUGUGCAGUUCAAAAAUAAAGAUAUAUUAAGGGGGGGAAAAACACUGGUUUAGAUGCAAGGCACACUUAAAGCAAGUUUUACUUUUGGUUGUAUUUUCUUUGUAUAUUAUAAACAUUUAUUUAACUUGUUGCAGUUUGAAGUAAAAAAAUUUCCAAAAUGUAUGCUCAACAAUAAUCAUUAAAAUGUUUGCAGCGUACAAAACUGUGUCAUGUGACUGUUUCAGUGCAGCCAUCAGAUCUAAGAGCUUGCCUGUAUACUUCUUAUUUUGAAUCAUUGAGAUUUAGUUUUUUGAAGUUACUACAUGAAGAAGUGGAUUUUUCUGUGUAAAUACACUUACUGAAACUGGAAAGCUAGGAGAAAUAUAUGUUCACAUGCUUGUGAUGCAACUCGUGUGUUCUGUCUUGAAGUAGUCUUCAGCUAAAAAUAGCCAAGUUAUUCGUGUUAACUUUUAAACACCACAUCUGCUACUUACCAUUGUAUCUUCAGUGACGUGUAAAUCUAAGAUCCCAGAAUGAUUUUUGAAUAUUGUGUUAGUGUGAAAAGAAACCACUGGGAUAAUGCCAUUUCCUGGUUUUGAACCGGGGCUAUAUUUCCAUUUUCCAAAUUCCUGUGAUUUAUUAUAUCUAUGCAUUUAGGUAAAAGAAAAAUCACUAGUCCUGGUCUGAUUUAGCCAAGUGGCUUUCAUAGGAGUGAAAAGCAUUUUUUGGAAUUGCCUACUAUUUACCUGUUUAAAAGGUACAUUCCCUUUCUACAUUAGAAGAGAUUUCUCCCAUUGCAGUCAAUCAUUUGAGUAGUAUUUCUAUUCUCUGCAUGAGAAUGCUGUGACUAUGUAAUUGGAGGCAGCAUUUAUAUAAUUUACCUUAUUGUUAGCUUCACAGUUCUCUGUGAGAAUAAAAGUUAAAAUAAAACAUAAUAGCAAUAUUUAAACGUACGACCUGUGCUUUAAUCCAAAAAAUGGUGGUGGUGGUCAUCUCAAUAAAGUCGUGGAUGCAUGACAAGAACUUUACACUAGCAGUAGAAUUAAAAUCCAGUUUGUGUUAUUUAAGGGUCUAAAAUGUCUGUCAAUAGCCAGCUUUUACCAAGACUAGUCUAGCACAGGGGUCAGCAAACUAUGGCUUGCCAUUUGCUUUUGUAUGGCCCAUGGACUAAACAUGGUCUUAAAAUUUUUAAGUGGUUGAAAAAAAAAAAAGAAUAAUAAUAUAUUAUGAUGUGAAAAUUUUAUGAAAUUCAGAUUUGUGUCCAUAAAUAAAGUUUUAUUAGAACACAGCCAUGCCGAUUUAUUUAUGUAUAACCUGUAACUCUUUUUGCACUACAAUGGCAGAACUGACUAGUUACAUCAGAGGCCAUAUGGCCUACGAAGCCUAAAAUAUUUACUUUCUGGCCCUUUGCAGAAAAGGUUUGCUGAAUCCUGGUCUAGCACAUUGCUACAGCACAGGUAAAACUGAUGAGUCUUAUACAGUGAGUAACUCUGAAAUGUCAGGAAUCUUCCUGUAGGAAAAAACUCUAAGAACAAGGUAAAGCUGACCAGUCUGAGACAUAAAUUUCAUGUAUAAAAAUCACUUAAAGCUGGUAGUCACAGUUUAGCAGUAAACCUGAAGUGAGAUGAUGACACAGCCUGUCACAGAAAAAGAGUCACAUUUGAGUUCACUUUGUAUGAGUCAAGUAUUAUGAGACAUCUACUUGGGUCU